UGGAAGCACAUGACCAGGCGUGUUUACACCUGCAGUGACAGCAACACACACAGCGCUAACCUCCGCUGUGGCACUGACAGGGAAGUCUACAACCUAAACCGAGACGACAAGUAGCGUUAACGUGAGAGGUUACCGUUUACCGGACGCUCGCUGGGAGUCGCUGCAGACAGCCUCCUCUGCCCAUCUGUCCCCCAGGAGGGAAGCUCCGUCCUCAGCCACAGGCUCCAGGAAACCAACCCUCUUUCUGUCCACCAUGGAUGAGACAGAUGUGGAACAGGUGACCCUGGCACUACUAGAUGCAGCCACUGAUAAAGAUGCUGAGGUCCAGGAGCAGGUCAGGAAGUCUAUGUUGACCCUGGGAAAACAGCAGCCAGACCGAGUGUUAGCCAUGUGUCAGGACUACCUGCUGAAACAUCCUAAGUUGGUAGUCAGUCACAGGGUUGUGAUUCUUCAGACUAUUGAGCUAAUUGUUGGCUCCAGAAUAGAGGCGAUCAGUUACCCGAGGAUAAAGAGCAUCAUCUCCCUGGCCUCAGAUGAGAUGACACGAUCAAAGGAAGUCAUCCCCGAUUGGCAGCAGGCGGCCAGUAAUAUUUUGGUUGCUGUGGGUAACAAGCACAUCAAUGACAUCAUGGAGGAGAUAUUGAGCAAGUUUCAGCCAGGUGUCUUACCUCACUUCUUUGUGGUCCAAACACUAGCCAACCUGUCUGAUUCCAAUGUUUAUGGCAUGGUACCUUUCCUGAAUGCUAUUCUGGGCACCAUGUUGCCCAUGCUGAGCAUGGCCAAACAGGACAACAUGAAGUGGGUCUUCUCCUCUGCUCUGUGUCAUUUCAGCGACAGUAUCUUAGAGUACCUGGCCAACCUGGACAAGGCUCCAGAUCCCACAGUCAGGAAAGACACAUUCUCCAGUGAAAUCUAUGCUGCUUUUGACAUCCUCUUCAAUAACUGGUUACAAAGCAGGGAGUCUAAGUUGAGGCUAACAGUAGCUGAGGCAGUGGGCUCAAUGUGUCAUCUGAUGGCCAGUGAUAAACUGGAGGAGCAGAUUCCCAAACUCAUCCCUGCCAUCUUGUCGCUGUACAAGAAAAACAACGAGCACUAUGUCAUUAGCAAAAGUCUGUGCCAAGUGCUUGAUGCUUCUGUCAACAUGGGCAGCAGAGUGCUGGAGACACAACUGGACAGUCUACUCUUUGCACUGCAUCAACAGGUGUCUGCCCCCGUUGACUACAGUAACCCUCCUACUGUCAAGAACCACAAUGAGGUCCUGCGCUGCUUCAGCCUGUUAGCCAACUCUUUCCCAGAUCGGUUGGUAAUGUUUGUCAUACAGAAGUUGGAAAAUAGUAAUGAGCGGAACAGGAUGGGCUCCCUGGCUGUGCUACGUCACCUUAUCAACUCCACCACUUCCACGAUGGAGAGCAAGAAAUUGCUGAUUGUGGCCAGCAUCAGGCAACCAAUGGCUGACCACAGCAACAAGGUGAAGAAGCGUGUGAUCCAGGUGAUCAGCGCCAUGGCUCAUCAUGGCUAUCUGGAGUUAGAGGGAGGGGAGUUACUGGUUCGAUUCAUAGUUCAACACUGUGCCUUACAUGACACAUAUCAGCGUGGACAGAAGCCCACAGAUCCAGAGGAGGUGACCAACGAGGCACUGAGGUCAAUGUGUGACAACGCCCUUCAUCUCCUCACCACCACCGUCGGAAGACUAGCUGAUGUGCUAUGGCCAAAGCUGCUGUACUAUCUGACCCCUUCACAGUACAGCAAUGCCACCACUCCUCUGUGUAAGAGUCUGAUAGUGCUGGGCAACAAGAAGAAAGAAAACAAGGAGCCCAGCUUCAACAUAGACUUUACACAGGAAGUCAAUCUAGCGUCUCCUCAAACACUAAUGAUCAGACUGCUGGUGAAUGCAGCGUUUCCGUUCAAUAGCAGAGGUCAUGGAGCUCCAUCUCUGUCUCUCCUGCAAAUCCUCAGUAUCAACAUUCACCCAAAUACAGAGAUACUCUGGGAGAAAGAGAUACCUCCUCUGUUGACAAUACUAGAGGAGUCAACAGCAGAGAGUCUAGAUAAGAAGCACUGGGAUGAAAAGCUGCUGAAGCUCUUGUCUAAAACCCUGGCUGCUAUUGAUGAUGACAAGUGGGUGUGUCAGUUGGCAGCUGAAGCGACAAGAUAUCUCUCCACAUAUAACAACGCUUUAGAGGAGAAGAGUUUCCUGUAUCAGUGUAUAGGAAUGACUCUCCAGCAGUGUUUCAAUAAGGAGCUGGUUAAAAAACAGCUGCAGGAAAUCCUCCUCACAGCACGACAUAAUGACGCUAUUGAAAGAGAGGGAGUUGCAAUGGGCAUCGGGCUGUGUGCAAACAGCCACUUAGAGGGAACUCUGACCAAGCUGGAUGAGUUUGGCAAAUCUGAUGCUUUCAAGAAGUCACCAAGCAUCUUCAACCUGCUCAAAGAACGUAAUGAUGUUGAGGUCGAGAAGGUGAAAAGCACAUUAAUCUUGUGUUACGGUCAAGUGGCUCUGAAUGCACCUCCAGAAAAGAUACUGACCCGCAUUGAUCAGGACAUCCUUCGCUGCAUCAGUAAACACUUCAAUACGAAGGUUCUGGGGAUUAAAGUAGAGACUAAGGACCUGACUAUGAAACUGAGUUUGAUUCAGAGUGUCGGGCUCAUUGCCAGAGCCAUCAGUGAGUGUGUGAAGAAACAAGGCUACAUCUUCUCUCGCAAACAGGAGCUCAUCACUGUCAUGCUGGAUUUUAUAAAGGCAGAGCCAGCUGAUGCACUGCGGACUCCAGUACGCCAUCUCGUGAUGAGCACCUGUGCCAAUUUAAUGCCUCUGGAUCCUGCGCUGAGUGAGAAUGAGAGUUUUGACUUGCUGAAGGUGUGUGUGAACAGCGUGUUCUCUCUGCCAUCUGAGACACACACUCCAGAGAAAACUAAAGAAGACGAGAUACUGGACCCAGAGCAGAGAAAGGUUUUGUACAAAGACACGUUGGCUGCACUGCAGGAGCUGCUGAAGAGUGUACUGGCCAGGGAUCCAACACCUGAUGGCCUGCAGAGUGUCUUCAAGCACAUUGAGUCGUGGUUGAGCUCAGGUCAGGACCAUGAGAGAGAGAGAGCUGUCACAGCCACCGCUCACAUACUGGCCUACUACCUGGAUAACCUGACCGUUAAGAACAUAGUGACCUUCCACAACCUUGGAGCCCUGCUGGGUCGACUGUCUCCACGCUGUUCUGACCCUCACCCUGCUGUACGCACUGCUGCUAUCGACUGUCUAUAUUCACUGCUUUACAUACAGCUACGAUAUGAAGGUUUCGCUCUAGAUUAUAAGGAUGAAGCUGUGGACAGUCUGUUGACCCUAAAAGACAGACUAGAAAACCCUGACCACUCAGUUCUCUACAAGACCUGCUCUGACCUCACCAAGGUGAUGAGUAAGCGUCUGCCUCAGCAGCAGCUGACGACGUUAGUGUUCAUGUUGUUUGAAGGGCUGGUUGACAGUCAGUCAAACUGCUGCAGAGCUUCAUCUGUCAUCCUGAAUACACUGCUGAAGAACAGAGGAGCUGGACUACAAGAGAUGGUCCCAGAGAUGCUGGAGGUGCUCCAUGUGCGUCUGCAGAACAUCACAGAGGAGCAGGUGAGAGUGGCAGUGGGACAGACGGUACUAAUCCUGGCUUCUCAGCAUCUACAGACUGUUAUUAAUACACUGGUAAACCAGCCACUUCCAUAUGACAGCUGGACCAGUGAGAUGUGGAUGGCUUUGGGAGCAGACCCCAUUGUGGCCAAUCAGAUAAUAGAGAUGGUGAUGGAGAAACUUCUCAUCAUGGCACCCUAUGUAGACAGGAAGGAGUCGAUGGUCAGAGGAGGGACAACAAAGGUGGCCACUAAUCAGCCACUGGCUAUGACGUGUGGCCUCAAAGAGCUGUUAUUAAAUGGCCAAAGUCAGGAGCCGGCAGUCAGCGUGUUUCCUCAGCUCUUCUCCUGUCUCACUGUCAGAGUGGGAGCCAGUGUUGGGGUCUCAGCACCGAAGGACAACAACACUAAACACACAGCCUCCUUCCAUGUAGCAGGGGUAGCAGCUGAUGCGCUGAGAAUCUUAUUGGCACGAGCCCAGUUAGAUGAGGUGACGAAAAGACUGGAUGAGGAUAACGCCUGGGAUGCAAUGAAGGAACCAAGUACACACAUUACUGGAGUUACACUACUAGCAAGGGCGAUGGCUAAACAUGCUGGUCCCAGGUUGCCUGCCAUUGUAGAGUGUCUGUGUCCAUCCUUAAACAACAUCUAUGAAUGUCAGAGAAUCACCGUCACUACUUUCUUCUCUGAGCUGUUAAACCAUCAUGUGGUGACAGAGUUGAUGUUGAUCGACGUAUUAAUGAACAACAUGAUGGAGAGAAUAUCAGAUCCUUGCUGCACUGUCCGCAUGUUGGCUGUGCGGGGGCUGGGCAACAUCGCUGCGGGAUCACCUGAGAAGGUGAAUAAAUACGCCAAGGAGCUGCUGGCAGCCAUGAGUUCAGGCAUGGAGGAGAAAGACGACCCGGGUAAACUGAUUACUCUUGAGGCCAUGUCAGGUCUGUCUAAAGUUCUCCUCCAUCUGGACAAGAAGAAUGUCCACUUACUUGUGGUUUAUAUCUUCAUGAAGAUUAAACCUUUCUUGGAGAGUGACAAUGACGAGAUCCGCUGUGCUUCCAUCCAUCUAAUGGGAAACCUGUCCAAGUUUGGCUCAGGAGAGGCGGUGUUCAAAGACCAGAUUCACAAUGUUCUGGUCAGCCUGCUGUUACACCUGGUUGACCCAAACCCACAGGUGGUCAAGGCGUGUAAGUAUGCAAUGCGUGUGUGUGCUCCUGUGGUGGGAUCAGAGCAGAUCACAACCAUGUUUCAGAACCACCUCCAUGAGGACAAGAGCUUGCACUACGGAGAGUUCAUCAAUGACCUCACCAAGUACCUGAUCCAGGACUUUCCAGGCAUGCUGAACUUCUACCACAUCUCAGUCAUCCAGUUCUUCAAGAGUAACUGGUCUGAGGUUAGAGCAGGAGCUGCCAUGUUUAUAGGGUUUCUGCUGGGAAACCUUCCAGAGGAGCAUUUCUCCCACCUCAACAUGGGCACCAUCACUAAAGGUCUAGUGAUGCUGCUGCAAGAUCCAGAUCCUGUGGUGAGAGUGAAGGCCGCUGAGGCCAUGGGACACUUCCACUGACACAAACAAAGAUCCACAUCCACACAAGAGUGAUUCCUUUGAAGUUAAUGACAAGUGCUAUGUCACCACUACAAAAAAAAAAAACAUGAAAAAACUAUGUUUAUAUUUUGGCCCACAGUUAAAAACAUUCAGAGCCCAGUGUUAAAUUUGCAGUCAUUAUAACAGUAUUUAAAUGACACAAAACUGCAACCUUUAUUAAAUAAAAGAGGGACCAAAGUGUGGAGCUGGAAGCCAAACUGUUGCAUCUAUGUGACAGAAUCAUACAAAUGAUAAUACACAUACAUAUAAAUAUAUAUAUAUAUAUAUAUAUAUAUAUAUAUACACACAUAAAUGCACAUAUACUUAGCCGUUAGCAGCUUUAUUUAGCUUAUUUUGACACUUGGCUAUGGUACUUGAAAGGAAGUGUUAAUUCUUAAAAAAUUAUUUAGUGACCAAAGACUGUGUUGCUUUAUACAGACUGAAGUUGUGUGUAGUGUUUACCAGAGACAAACUGUAUGUCUAAUUGCUUCUGUCAGUUGAAACAUACCACACAUCAAAGGAUAAAAACACACUUAAGUAAAUAUGUUUUUAGAAUAAAUAUAGUUUCUUCAAAUAUUAUUUAUGUGCAAAUAAUAAGAGUGAUGCACAUUACAGACAGUACAUGACAGAACUGUGACAUGACUCUGGCUGGUUGCUUAAGUGUGAGAGUGUGUAGUUAUACCAGCAUUUCGUGAUAAUGUUUGUGGAUGUUUAGUUUUAGUUUCAGAAGAGCUCAAUUUUAGAGAUAGUUUUAGUGUCCUGAAGAUCUCCCUAUAAUCAACCUGGUAUCCAUCAGUCAGGACUGAGCUCAAUCGCUACCCUCCAUGAGAAUCCAUCAAAAUAUUUUUAGAUCAGUUAGAUGUGUGGCACUACAAAAAAGAAAAGUGAAUGUGAAGUCUGUAAUAGAAAUAACUGCUAAAAUGCAAAAUGCACAAGAACUACAGAAGACUUAAAUUUCCUUUAAGGUUUUAUAGUUGUAAGUUAAGGUUGUAAUUAAAAGAAAACAGGGUGGUUACAGUCUCAAAGUUGUCUCCAGUAGUCCAGAUCAUCUCGCUGACUUUGUCAAAUCAGCCAGCAAUAACCUGUAAAAUAACCAGUUAGUGAUUGUUUUCACAACCAAUCUCUAACAGCAGGAAUCACUUAUCAUCCUUCUUAUUCAAGUCCUGCUGUUGAAGCUGUAGCUAACAUGUGAACUGGCUGAUUCAGAGCAGAAGUAAGAAACUUUAACCAUCUACAGUAGGUUUUUAACAUAUCUGUGCCAAGCUCACCUCCAUUUCUAAGCCAUAAUGAAAUUCUUUAUAAAUCACUGCCGCCACUAAAACUGAAUAACCACAAUGGCCCCUUUCUGGUGUGACAUGAUCAUCUCUUUAGUGCACUUCACUCAGUUGUUUCGACCGCUGUCGGUUUAGUUUGCACACACUUUAUGAUUCAGUUUCACAUUAUGUUCCAAGAGUGCUCGGCCAUGUGCUGUAUGAACAUUAAUUACCACAAGAAAGUUUCCUGACAUCCUGUGGCAGCCAUCAUUGAUGUACCAACUAAAUGACAAUUCAAUUGUAUCAUUUUAAUAUAGAAAUCUUUAUUUAUUCACAUCUUGCAUUGCUAUGAAACCCAUAAUUCUGAGAGAAGUGGACCUUUAUUUAUGUUUGUCUUGUUAGUCUUUUUUUUGUUUUGUUUUGUUUUACAUCAGUUACAGCAGGUUAAAACUCGCCUAACUCUUUUUAUUAAAUCCUGAUUCUGAACCAGCCAGUUCUAGCCAGUCAAACCAUUACUUAUCAGUGUUGCUAGAUAAAACAGAGCAGUUGACCAGAUAAUACAGUUAGUGCCAAAUGUUAAUUCAUGACAUGUAUUAUACAGUACUAUAGAGCUACUUUUAAUAUUCUUCUCUCUCACACUUUGAAUGCACUUAAUGUUGUUUCCGUUGAUUCCGUUGGUGGAGUUUGUGCAGAGGCGUUUCUGGUACAGUUGCAGCUUUGGAGGUGUCUUACUUUCAUAUAAAUGUACUCUGUGUGUGUGUGUGUGUGUGUGUGUGUGUGUGUGUGUGUGUGUGUGUGUGUGUUGUACUGUCAGGAUGACGACAUGUAACUUGACUUUUAUAUCUCCAAAUUUAUUCACUCGAACACCAACAAGGAGGGAUGUAAAAUGAUCCGUUAGGUGUCUCCUUGUGAGCGUUUGAAUUCAUUUGGUGACAAAAUAGAGAAUCAGAUGAAAGCAAUACAUUGUUUGUUCUAAAGAUUAUGAUUAUGUGUAUGUCUAACUUCAAUAUUUCUGUUGCACUUUUAAGCUCUACAAUGCAGUCCCUGAUUUAAGAACUGAAAGGCAAACUAGGUGCUGAACCUGUUUAGCUCUUUUGCAUCCUCAUUUUAAUUUCCUUCAUGAGACACAAGUCACAUGUGUAGAACAAGUUUAUAGUUAUGCCCUCAUGUAACUGAAAACAGCUCCUCACUGCAGCCUGUGAGUCACAUUAGCAUUAAGCAGUUUGUUCAGUCCUGUUUGCAACAACCAUUCGUUUUACUGCAAAAUGCUAACAGUGUUAACAGUCCUACAUAGUUAUCUCAGGUGUGACAGAAAGGCAAAUCUUUCACCACAAUAUGACAAGGUCUUGGUGGGAAGAAAAAAAAAUAGCAAAACUAACAUUUAUAGUGUAAAUUUAUUAUUAGUUCAAUAUAAAAGGCUGCUCCUGGAUCUGUAUUUAUUUAGAUGUUCUACAAACAGGGACUCAUGGCUUCUGGCACUUUCUAACACUGUGGUUUGGUUUAGGGUGAAUUGUAAAUGGUAAUUAGCAAUGAUCUCUGUUCAUCUGCUGAAUUUUAAAAGCUGUUGUAACUUUAUAAUGUUGAUAUUAUUUUUCAUGUCAUCCACCUGUUUUUAACAUGUUGAAGGUUGUUAAAUAUAUGUCCCAGUGUGUAUGACACAUGAAGGUACAGCUAUUUCAGACGGUUCGAUGUGUGAAUGUGUUGAAGAGUGAAUGUGUGCAUGUCACUUUUCAUGUUACUGGACCAGAGUGUGGAUGAUGGCAAUCAGUGUAUUUAAAAUGAAGAAAUAAAGAGAUACAUGAAAACAUAAA